GCACCGGGAGAAACUGUUUUCUGUAGAAAUGCAACAAGUAGCACCCGGAGCUCGCGCAGCGUCCUGCGCCGUUUGACUUGGCCGGGCGAAUCCCGCCUGCAGAGACCCGGUCCAGCCACCGGACAAAAGGCGGAGGAGGGACUGGAGUCCGAAAGAGGCCAUUUAGCGUCUCUGGCCAGGCCAAGGGGAAUGCAGAGGAGACACAGAGCGGGCGGGCCAAGAGGACGAUCCGGCCGCAGCACGCAGGGCGGGCGGCGAUGGAGGCUUUUCGCGCCCUGCGCUUCUUGCUGGUGGUGUGCUGCUGCCUGGCGCUCCCGCCAGGGGCCAAGCCCGUGUGCCCGGAGCGCUGCGAUUGUCAGCAUCCUCAGCACCUCCUGUGCACCAACAGGGGGCUCCGCGCCGUCCCCAAGACCAGCUCGUUGCCGAGUCCCCAGGACGUGCUCACCUACAGCCUUGGUGGCAACUUCAUAACCAACAUCACGGCCUUCGACUUCCACCGCCUGGGGCAGCUCCGACGGCUGGACCUGCAGUACAACCAGAUCCGCUCUCUGCACCCUAAGACCUUCGAGAAGCUCUCGCGACUGGAGGAGCUCUACCUGGGGAACAACCUAUUGCAGGCGUUCACCCCGGGCACGCUGGCCCCGCUGCGCAAGCUGCGCAUCCUCUACGCCAACGCGAACGAGAUCAGCCGCCUAAGUCGCGGCUCCUUCGAGGGCCUGGAGAGUCUAGUUAAACUGAGGCUGGAUGGGAACGCCCUGGGGGCGCUGCCUGACGCGGUCUUCGCCCCGCUGGGUAAUCUGCUGUAUCUACACCUGGAGUCCAACCGGAUCCGCUUUCUGGGCAAGAACGCCUUCGCCCAGCUGGGCAAAUUGCGCUUCCUCAACUUAUCUGCCAACGAGCUGCAGCCCUCCUUGCGUCACGCGGCCACCUUCGCACCACUGCGCUCCCUCUCCACCCUGAUCCUCUCGGCCAACAGCCUGCAGCACUUGGGGCCACGUGUCUUCCAGCACCUGCCGCGCCUCGGCCUCCUCUCGCUCAAGGGCAAUCAGCUUUCGCACCUCGCUCCAGAGGCCUUUUGGGGUUUGGAGGCCCUGCGCGAGCUGCGCUUGGAGGGCAACAGGCUGAGCCAGCUACCCGCGGCAUUGCUUGAGCCGCUACACAGCCUGGAGGCGCUGGACCUGAGCGGCAACGAACUGUCCACCCUUCACCCCUCCACAUUUGGCCACUUGGGCCGGCUGCGCGAGCUCAGCCUGCGCGACAACUCGCUCAGUGCCCUCUCUGGGGACAUCUUCGCCGCCAGCCCGGCCCUCUACCAGCUGGAUCUAGACGGCAACGGCUGGACCUGCGACUGCCGGCUGCGGAGCCUGAAGCGUUGGAUGGGCGACUGGCACUCGCAAGGCCGGCUCCUAACCGUCUUUGUGCAGUGUCGCCACCCACCGGCCUUGCGGGGCAAGUACCUGGAUUACCUGGAUGACCAGCAGCUCCAGAACGGAUCUUGCGCGGAUUCCUCGCCCUCCGCUUCCCCGACAGCCGACCGCAGGCGACGGCCCCUACCCACAGCCGCGGGAGAGGAGAAGGCGCCCCCUGCAGGCAGCCUCGCCGAGGAGCUACCGCCCCAGCCUCAGCCGCAACAGCGGGGGCGAUUUUUGCCUGGGGUAGUCUGGGAUGGGGCCGUCAGGGAGCUCAUUAGCAACCGCAGCGCACUGAGGUUGAGUAGGCGAGGCCCGAGCCUUCAGCAGCCGGGUCCUUCAGCCGCCGCUGCUGCGGGCCGGGCGCCACACCCGCUGGACCUACACAAGACGCUCGAGUUGGGGCAGCCCACAUGGGCCGAUCCCGAACACACAGAGGCCGCCUCGACGGCUGCGCCCAGCUCUGCGCCUCCACCCGCAGGCGACCCCUGGCAGCGCGCGGCGAAGCAGCUCCUGGCCUCGGAGCAGCAGGAGCAUGCCGCCCAGUCCGACGGCGGGGUCAGCUUGCCGCCGCUGGUGUCCGACCCAUGCGACUUCAACAAGCUCAUCCUGUGCAAUCUGACCGUGGAGACGGUGGGCGCGGAUAGCGCCUCCGUGCGCUGGGCAGUGCGCGAGCACCGCAGCCCCCGGCCGCUGGGAGGCGCGCGCUUCCGCCUGCUCUUCGACCGCUUUGGCCAGCAGCCCAAGUUCCACCGCUUUGUCUACCUGCCCGAGCGCAGCGACUCGGCCACGCUCCGCGAGCUGCGCGGGGACACUCCCUACCUGGUGUGCGUGGAAGGAGUGCUUGGGGGCCGGGUCUGCCCCGUGGCACCUCGGGACCACUGCGCCGGGCUGGUCACUCUGCCCGAGCGGGGGAGCCAGGGCGGCGUCGAUUACCAGCUGCUAACCUUGGCCCUGCUGGCCGUCAACGCUUUGCUGGUGCUCCUGGCCGUGGCGGCCUGGGCAUCGCGCUGGUUGCGGAGGAAGCUGAGGGCACGGCGGAAGGGCGGGGCCCCGGUCCACGUUCGCCACAUGUACUCCACGCGACGGCCCCUGCGCUCCAUGGGCACCGGCGUAUCCGCCGAUUUCUCGGGUUUCCAGUCGCACCGGCCUCGCCCCACCGUGUGCGCACUCAGCGAGGCGGACCUCAUUGAGUUCCCUUGCGACCGUUUCAUGGACAGCGCGGGCAGCGGCACCGGCGGCAGCUUAAGGCGAGAGGACCAUCUCUUGCAGCGAUUUGCAGAUUAGGUCAGGAUCUCUAGGAGUGUAGAGACCAUCUCACUGGUCUUGAGGAGCCAGCUUUCCAGAGACCUCUCGGCCCACCUCAGGGGAACGUCUCUUUUCCCCUUUUAGGCACUUGCCAGAAGCCAAAGGAGACUGAGAGCCAAUUCGGGCACCACCCCCCAGUUCCCAGUACUCACACAUGAAAUAAAUGGAUGGUGCUUGGCGGUCAGGGCCAAGAAUAAGGGACAAAUGAAUGUUGAGGUGCAGGGGUGGGGGCCCUUCUUGAUAUGGAACUCUUGGCCCAACUGUGGAAAUGGCUUCUGUGACAUUGCAGUGCAAUGUGCCUGCCUCCCGCCUCCCACCGUUGGAGUAGAAGAGAGUGCUUGCACCCUCACUGUGACCCGAAAGAGAUUUGGAUGCAUGCUUUUUGUGUGUUCUGUGUGAAAUAGAAGAGUUUUGCUUCUAUUUAAAGAAAAAAAGGGGCUUAUUGCCAUUGCAAAGGAGGCUUAGCAACUGACUCCACUGGUCUGGUGGCUUCUGCUAGAGUGACAUUGUAAACAGGUGGAAAAGUUUAACACACUUGCCAAGGAACUCAUUUAUGUUGGCUGAUAAAGCAUUCAGGAUACCUUAAUGUUUAAAUAAUAAAAGACACUAUUUUUUUUCAAUAAUGUGAAGAACUCUGACACUUAACAAACUGACCUUUAAACUUAAGAACUUAUUUUAGUCAGGCUUGGUGUUCACCAUUUUCCUUUUAACGUUGACAUGGCAAGAUGGUUUGCUGACUUUGGGAAUAACUAAGAUUAUGUGCUUUCUCAGGAGAAAGCUGUGUGCAAGACUUUCCCUGUCAGGGUUGCUCCUGUGGUUUUUUAAUUUUAUUUUUUAUAACCUAUAGGUGGAAAAGGAGAUUUCAAUGCCAGACUUGAUAAAGGCAUGUAAUGGGUAUGUGAUUGAUGGACCCCUUAGGAGCUCCAGGGACUCUCUGACAGUGUGUCUAGAUUGGGAUGAAUUCAGUGUGGUACUUAGCGUAUUUUUAUCAGUGACACACAGCUGACUGUGUGUUUUCUCAUGAGUUGCAUAGUCAAGUGGUAAGUGUAAUUUCCUAGUUAUAGAAGGGGAGCAAAAGGUGAAUUGUCAAUUGAUAGUGUAAUGUUUGACCACCUUAAUAUCCUAUUCUAUGUGAAAUGGUAGAGGGGAAGAAAUGUUGGGGAAAAAAUGUGAAAGAAAGUACAUCAAUGGGUGUCUGUUUCCACUAAAACCAGAAGAUUCUUACCAGUACUUAGACCUCACUGUGAAAUAAUUUUAUAUUUUGCAAAUUAACCCCCCCCCCCCACUCUCCAGGGUUUUACUACGUUAUAAAAUCAUACCUUUUGGUUAAUAAUUGCAGUAUUUCUUUUAAAUGUUUUUGUUUUAAACUUAGGGUUAGAUUCUUUUAUUUGCUCAGCUGAUUUCAACUAUCUGGGAUACUUGCUUUCCCUGAUAUUUACAAAGUACAUGGCUAACACUAAAUGAAGUGGUUUGGUUUACAUUAAUAAUUUUUCAUGUGGUUGAAAAAUGCGGUCAUUAAAAGAGUGCAUGCCGUGCUUAUAUUCACAAGCCCUUGUUUUAGUGCAAGUGGAGUGCCUUGGUGCUUAAGGCUAACAGUGAAUCUUUUGUUUAGGGCUGCAAAGGCCCUGAGGGUCCUGAAGACUCAGGGAAUUGUCACAGUCCAGGGGUCCUUCAACCCCAGUUCACUCCUUUCAUGUUUGGCCUAGAUUGAGCUGUGCCUGCCCUGGUCAGAACAGCUGAAUGGGGACCCAGGCAUCUAAAUUAGUUGAUCUUCAUUUACAUUCAGAUGAGUAAAUGUCCAGGCCAUUUAAACUACAGCUGCCUUUCUGACAGUCUUAUCUAUGGGCCCCAAACUUAAUAAGCCACAGGAAAUAGACUGUCAUUCUUAGUUCGCUGCCAGGGCUUGUUCUAAAUUCUGAGCAUACUGGUACAUGGGAAAGGUGAAGUUGUUCCCUCUUAUUUUUAUCCUUCAGGCUGCAAGGUGCUGUCUGGCACCAUUGGUGCUUCUGACUUUUUCAUACAUAAAGCAACUGCCUCUCUUAGCUGUGUCUUUUGCACAGCAGUGUAAUUUUUGAGUCCCAGUUGAAAGCAUGGAAAAGAUCUCUGGUUCUUCUCCCCACCACCAACCCUUUCAAAUGGAGAACUUCACUGAAAACAUUAAAUGCCCAGAUCUGUGUUCUAUUUAAAACAGUUUCACUGGAAGUUCUUUCAGUGGGAAAUGAAUAAAUGUUAUACAUUAUUAUGUUCAGUUAUGUCAAUAAACCCACUUACUAAUAGAAA